GGAGAGCGGGGUCGUUUUCAGGGCAGGGGAGAUGUGGAAGUGAGGAAUCAGCAGAGAAGACAAUGUUGAACUGUGAAGAAACAUCAGUAGGACCUGCAGACUCGAAGCACUGAAGAGGAGGAGAAGAAAGGGCAGGAUAAUCUGGAGACAAGAGAUAGACGUGGAGUAAUGGGGUGCAUUCAGGGUACGAUGAAGAAGCACACAGCGGGUACUAAUGCGGGAGGAAUCCCCGUGAAGACAGAGCUGGAGGUGCAUCCGGAGAUCCUACAACUCACAGAGCUUUCCAAAGUGGGUGGCCACAAGUUCAUAGAGAAGAGCUCCAGAAAGAAACGUGUGUGUGACGUCUGCAAGCUGCACAGUGACAACCCCUUGGUUUUCUGCAAGGAAUGUAAGAUUGCAGUCCACAAGACUUGUGAGGCCAAGGUAAGUUACAUCAUCACUCCCUGA